GUACUUUGUACGGCGGAGGUAAAUAGUGCGCACAUGUGCUCACUUGCUCACUCUUCGGCCGUUCACUCUCAACACCCUCAGCGUUUCCGCAAACAAGUGCUUCGAGUACUAGCUAGUACAUGUAUUCUAAUAUAGGACAUGCCUGAACCACAACCUCAAAGUUCCUACGAUGCCUUCAAUUCGGUGGACAAGCUAGUCUCGAAACCAAUUCUGGGCAGCGAUGGAGCCGCUAGUUGGCAAGAGUUUCGUAAUGACAACAAAAAGACCAUCUACAAAAACAAAGAAUCGUCGGCUCCUUUGGCACCGUUGAAAAAGGCCGACAAACUCGGUUCCGGCCUCACCAGUUGGUCCGAAGAACGAUCCCGGGAAGAAGUGGCUCGACAAGAAGCUGGACAUGCGGAAUUGGGAAAAGGAUACACCAACUUCAAGGCCAAAAAUGAAGAUCCUCAAGCGAGAAAGGAGAAGAAGAGAAUAGAAGAGCGGCGACGACCCGACAAUAUCGAGUAUUUUCUACCAGCCAAAGCGUUUGAUGGAUGGAAGUGGGAUUACAUCUUUACGACAAAGGAGGAUCGAGGGACUGGUUAUUAUUGGGAUGGAAGUGACAGCUUGAAGAGACUCAAGGGGGAGUUACCCGCCACGGCUGGACCGGACAAUCUCAUUACAAGUCUCCAGAAAAACACCACCGAUGAUACAGAUGAAGCAGUUUCUACUACUACUACUACUACUACUGCUGGAAAGCACAAUCGUUCCACGGAGGGAGGAGACGAUGAGCAAGUCAAAGCAAAGAAAAAGAAGAAACGAAAGAAAGCGGCGCCGGUGAUCGUGGACGAUCCCAACAAUCCACUCGAACAGGUACAGGCGGCAAUUCGAAAGCGAAACGAACGCUUGGGCAUUUCCAACGAUGAUGGCCUGCCAGACGGGUGGGAAGCAGCUCCCGAUCCAUCCACAGGAAAAGUAUACUACUUUCACCGACAAUCCGGGACAAGACAAUGGGAAAAGCCCAAGAACGAGAGGCUUCCGGAAGGCUGGAAUGUGGCACAAGAUAAGACUACUGGGAAGACCUACUACUUUCACACAAGUGGAGAGACUCGAUGGGAAAAGCCAACAUGAAUUCUGUUGCAAGCUAAUAAAGUCGAAUGGAAUCAAUCGUUGCUAGCCAGUAAAUAGUCUGAGAUCUCCCCACUACAGCGUAAUGAACUCAUGACUUGAAACGUUGCUUCCACAUGUACAAUGGUGACCCGCUGAGUUGCAGUUGGCGUUGGCGUUGUGUAGAAUGCUCCAUUUGGUUGGAACUUACUGUUGAGUCACGGAGCAUGUUGGAGAUAUCCAAAGGUGAGGUAGGGUGUUUGCCCUCCUCAGCUCGUCAAAAACAGGUCAGACUUAUGGAUUACCACCAACAAAUCAACAAAUUCUGUGAUGGUGGUUUCCGAUUGUUGUGGUUUUUGUGUCCAUUCCACUGAGGGUUGCAUAAAUGAAUGGAAGCACAACUCCACAGUUUUUGGACCCAUGCUUGGUGGACCAUCGUUGCAUGCCUGCGGGAAGGGUUUUCAUAAGGCGGUGGGACAUCUGCCAGUGAAUGUGAUGAGUUGCCGCUGAGGAAACCUUGCCGGCGAGUCAUGAUAGUCAGUCGUCCAGUACUUUAAAAUGGCAGGGGUGCAGAUGGCUUCAAUGAGGGUGGCCUUGGUGGGAGAAGCCAGCUUGGUGUCAGCUUGCCAAAUGGACCAGCCUUCACCUUCGAAGCACAGCUGAGGGGGGCAGUUGGGUUGUGCUGUUCAAUUGUUCUGCGGUAGGACCGCCCAGCAUUAGAAUUAAUACAAAAAUUAAAAAUUACCAUCUAUAUAUUCAUUGCUCG